ACACUCGACAUGUCUCUGUUCUUUGGAACAGAGGAGCAAAAAAGGCAAUUCUGCAAUGAGCUACUUCGUUUGCUCAAAUCGCGAGGCGGCGUCAAGAUUCAGAAUCAUAGCAUACCAGCAGAGGACAUCCACCAACUGUUCGAGAUGAGUCGAAAAUUCUUUGCUUUGCCACUGGAGGAGAAAAUGAAAGCCAAGCACCCGCCUCAAGCCAAUCCGAACCGAGGAUACAGCUAUGUCGGUCAAGAGAAUGUCGCAAACAUUAGUGGAUACGAGAAAGGACUAGGGCCAGGCAGAACUCGCGAUAUCAAGGAAACUCUGGACAUGGGCAGCUCGCACGACGACCUUGUGGACAAUCUUUGGGUCCCUGAAGAGAGCAUUCCUGGCUUCCGAAACUUCAUGGAAUCCUUCUACGAAAAAGCCUACAAAACCGAAAUCCAGCUCCUUUCUGCUCUCGCGAUUGCUCUUGGGGUAUCGGAAGACUAUCUAAGGACACUUCAUAACCGGGCGGAGAACGAGUUUCGUCUUCUUCAUUACCCGGCGAUUCCUGCCACGGAGCUCGCGGACGGUACAGCUACACGUAUUGCUGAGCACACCGACUUUGGAACCAUCACCAUGCUUUUCCAAGAUUCUGUUGGAGGCCUUCAAGUGGAGGAUCAGAAUCAGCCUGGAGUCUUCCGAAGCGUGGAAUCCUUAGCGCCCACCGACAUCAUCCUCAACAUCGGCGACUCUUUACAACGCUUGACCAAUGACACUUUCCGUGCGGCUUGCCAUCGUGUCACAUACCCUCCUGCGAUUAAGGCUGGCGACAACGUUGAGAUUCCUGAGCGGUACUCUAUUGCGUAUUUCGUGAAGCCAAAUCGCCAUGCGUCUUUGCUUCCGAUGAAGGAGUUUGUCACAGAAGCUACCCCGUGCCACUACGAUGAUGUGACUUCAUGGGAAUGGAACAACCGAAGGAUUGCUAAGCUGUUUGGGUAGGGCAUAGUUCACAGAACGAAGUCUGAAUGGGAGACCAUCGGCUCUUUCCUGGAUACAAA